GACUGCGUUUGCAUUGAAAGGGAGCAGCGCAAGAGCUUGUCUGAAGCCGUCAAUUCCAUAUACCGCUGGUAUUGAGAAGCGGCGGCACCAUGCCAUGUCUAUCUUUCCGACCACAGAUUGUCGAAUGCGGCUCAAUAUUGUCGACAAUGCUUCGCAUCUGGACUUAUGCUGGUCAGAAAUGUCUGAACUUUUCGACAGCGGAUGGCUCAAGCGGGUUUGGACUCUUCAAGAACUGCUAGCCCCUACGCCUGUCAUCUUCCUGGGCCGGACGUGGCAGCGAAAUCGGGACUAAAUGGAGUCUCAGCCAAGAUUUUGGCUACUAUAACAUGCACACUGAGAAAUAUUCUCGAGGGAGGAUAUCUUGGAUGCACUAGUGUGGCGCAGAAAAUGUCAUGGGCUUCUUAAAGGCAGACUACAAGGCUUGAAGAUCGUGCGUAUUCAUCAGCGGGUAUAUUUGAUGUGAAUAUGCCUCUGCGCUAUGGUGAAGGUGCAAAGUGGCAUUCAUGAAACUUCAAGAAGAUAUCAUCAGCACAACUGGGAACUGCAGCAGCUUC